CUAGGAUAGAUUUUGUCUGAUUUCCAUAAAAAUUUGAUUGACUAGAUUUACUUACUAGACUUUAGCUGCUGAUCAGGGUGGGAAGAAUAUUUAUUUUAGUCAGAGAGACUGAGACUGUCUUCUAAAUCUCAGUGCCUUGUUUGCAGAGUACAAAUUAAUUAAAGACUAAUUAAAGAAAGUCAUUCCUAUUGUUGCUGGUCCCAUUUAAAUGUCACAACAUUAAAACUACACUGAACUCUCAUCGUCUAAACAUGUGAAUCAAACCCUCUGAAUACAGGCCUCCUCUCACCCGAGUGCGAUCACGUUGCACUAAUCGAACUGGGACUCAGCGGUCACAAUGGUCACUUUUCACUCAAGUCUCCUUGGAAUGCAAUAAAAUCCCUCCAACCCCCCCUUAAAAACACUCUUACCUAAAGCAUGCACUCAAAAUUACAUCAUCCAAAAUGUGCAUUGGCCCUGCCUUUCAUCAAAGGAGCACCUCCACCAUUGGCCAAACACCCUCACCAUCACUUCCUCCCUCCCUCUGCCACUUUCAUACUGAUUGAAAAGGUGAAAAAAAGUCAGAUGUAAUCUGGUGUGACGCCAUUAAUCCCAACAGUACAAAUCACAGCUCCCGUCCACUUCGCUCCACACAGACUCCCUGCGACUCCCCGCCAGCAACUUCACAUCUGCCUCAGAUAAGCUGAUAUAAAAAGCAGAAGAAAUGGCUGUGGUUAGUGGAACUUACCGUAUGGUGUCGGAGGAGGAGCAGGCUCUCAGGGCCAAGUUGGAACGUCUCACCGUCAAAGACCACGGGCCGGUUUUUGGACCCUGUGCAAGCCUGCCGGACCACACCAAGCAGAAGGCCAAGGACGAGUUGAACGAGACAGAUGAGAAGCGGGUGUCGGCAGUGAAAGAGCUGCGAGGAAUGAUAAAGGAGAAGGCAGAUGCAGGUGACGACCUGGCUAAGGGUGUGCAGGACACGUUUGGGGAAAAACCAGACAGUUUGCUGGUCCGCUUCAUCCGCGCCAGGAAGUACGACGUGCCCAGAGCCUUCGACCUGAUGAAGGGCUACGUGCGCUUCAGGAAGGAAUACCCCGAGCUGUUUGAGAAUCUGACCCCAGAGGCCGUACGCAGCACCAUCGAGGCGGGCUACCCUGGUAUCCUGCCAAGCAGAGACAAAUACGGUCGCGUGGUUCUGCUCUUCAACAUUGAGAACUGGGACUACGAGGAGAUCACUUUUGAUGAGAUCCUGCGUGCCUACUGUGUGAUCCUGGAGAAGCUGCUGGAGAACGAGGAGACUCAGAUCAACGGGUUCUGCAUCAUUGAGAACUUUAAGGGCUUCACCAUGCAGCAGGCGUCAGGAAUCAAACCCACCGAGCUGAAGAAGAUGGUGGACAUGUUGCAGGAUUCCUUCCCUGCCCGUUUCAAAGCUGUGCACUUCAUCCACCAGCCCUGGUACUUCACCACCACCUACAACGUGGUCAAACCACUCAUGAAGAGCAAGCUGCUAGAGAGAGUGUUCGUCCAUGGAGAUGAGCUGGAAAACUACUACAAAGAGUUUGACGCUGACAUCCUCCCUUCUGAGUUUGAUGGAAAAGGUUCCAAGUAUGAUGGCAAGGGCACAGCAGCCAAGCUGUUCGACUAAAGCCUCCUUCCUCCCUCCACGCCAACCAGGCAAAGAGCCUUUAUGUGUAACAAAUCCCCCACAGGCUGUGGAGACUCAAAGCCCAAAUCUAGCUGUGUGGUUGUAGAGGAAAAAAAAAAGAAGUAAUGAAAGAAAAGUAUGCGAGAAGUUCAAAUGAGGGCCUGACAAAGCACAGUCCAACAGGAAACCAGUCACCCUCUAUAAACCAUUUGGUUGACACUCAAACACUUUACAGUUCCUCAGUUUUUAGCACCAAAGCCAGAUCUCCACCUUUCAUGGGCCUGGAGGCACUGUCUGAUUUACACCAUUAACUACAGACUGCAUAUACUUAACUUACAGAUUUUUUUUCCCAAAGCAUUGGUAUGACAAUGUCAGAUUUUAUACCCUCCAGACAACCAUAGGCUUCACUUCGCACCAGUACGGUGUUAAAUUAACCUUCGAGACUGGCUUGAAGUAGACAAAUCAUCAUGAUGAACAUGUAGAGGCCUUAAUUUUUUGCCUCAUUAGGUGUUUUUGCACAGUAAAGCAGUUUUGAGUAGGAGCUGUUGAGGUGUUCAAAGAAACUCUCUAAAGACAAAAUUUGCAAACUUAUCACCUGCGUCCAUCGUUUUACCGACUCGCAAACACAAGAUCUUAGAUCUCACUUACAGUCACCAACAUAGAGAAGUUUUCCUGCUCUGAGCUGUGACUGAUCAAAAAGUAACACAGACCACAUGUCCUUGAUGGUGGAUUACACAUUUUAAGCAGAUUUCAAGGCUUUGCAGGUUGAUUUUCAUACCAAACUCAAACGAAUGGAAGUCAGCGACUGUCUCGGAGGCAGUACAGAAUCUAAAGUGGCAUGCUUUGGGAAAAAGUCAGCGUUACUGUUAAGUAUACAUAACUUGUUGUUCAUGUGUUAAAUUUUCAUAAGCACCAGCUUGAUUUUUCAACCAUUCAGAUACACAAAAGUCUUUUAAUGCCCUUUAAUGAAUGAGAAAUUGAUCAGAUAUUCAGUCUAAGCACUCUAGCUGACCCACGUUAAGCCAAAUGAGAGCACUUACCUUGAGAUUCUCUGUCUCUUACCUUUAAAUUGUGCUUAGUUUUGAUCUUCACCCGCACAGCUUGAUUGAACACUGGCAGGCUCCAGCUUUCUGAGUUUCCACCCUCUGGCCCUCCGUCGGCUCUCCUUGAAGUACAAGGCUGAUAUUCCAACAAGUGCCUGUCUGUCGUGUUUU